GCCCGACCUACCAUCAACUUGGUUGAGAUACCUUCUAUUCACUGUCCUACGACACCGAUUUGUCACUCAUCGUCGCCGCCUCCUCUGCUCAUCAAUUCUGAUAGAGUGCCCAGUCCAUGUACAAACCAGAAUAAAAUCAGGAAAUCCGCGGGCGAUUAGUGCCGCUCCUGAAAGCAAGUCUCAGGCAGCCAGCCAUCAAGCACGUGUCAAGCGAAGCAUCCCCUCUCCUUCCCAUUCUGCGAUUUCCAUCUUCAAUCGGCGCACACCCCUGAGGCAGAAGGCACAACAUUCUUCCUGCGGCUCUUUCACGCCGCGCAGAAGAAGCCAUGCCCCGGCAAAAGGGUGUCAAGUUCCAACACCGGUCGAACAGCAAUGGCAACGGCAACGGUAAUGGAAAUGGAAACCAUCACCGUCGACAAAGCUCUUCUGCCGCUAGCGACACUGCUUCCGAGCCACCGAGUCCUCAGAGAGAUCACCACGACAGCAACACCAAUGGAAACAUUGUGAAAGGAGAGAAGCCAGAUCAUGUAUCGGAGUACGAGAAAAAGAAGCAGACUUUCAUAACCCGGACAAUAUGGACACUAGCGAUGAUAGGUGGUUUCUUCGGCGCGAUGUUUGCGGGCCACGUCUACGUCCUCAUGGUCAUUACCGCCGUUCAAAUCGUCUCAUUCAAAGAGGUGAUCGCAAUCGCUCAGGUGCCCACGAAACAGAAGAACCUUCCGUUGACGACCUCGCUAAACUGGUACUUCCUGGCCAUCACCAUGUACUUCCUGUACGGCGAAAGUGUCAUCUACUACUUCAAACAUAUCCUGCUGGUGGACAAAGUCUUGCUACCCUUCGCGACCCAUCAUAGGUUCAUCAGCUUCAUGAUGUAUAUAUUCGGAUUCAUGUCCUUCGUUGCCUCGUUGCGGAAAAAUUAUUACCGAUUUCAGUUCGCCCAGUUCGCCUGGACUCAUAUGGCACUCUAUCUGAUUGUCGUCCAAGCACACUUCAUGAUGAACAACGUCUUUGAGGGCAUGAUCUGGUUCUUCCUCCCGGCGUCGCUGGUCAUUACCAACGAUAUCUUUGCAUACAUCUGCGGCAUCACUUUUGGCCGCACUCAACUCAUCAGCCUCUCCCCCAAGAAAACUGUCGAGGGUUUUGUUGGAGCUUGGAUCUGCACCAUCUUCUUCGGGUUUGCGCUCACCAACAUCUUGAUGCGCUAUAAGUAUUUUAUUUGCCCCGUCAAUGACCUCGGUGCCAACAUUUUCACCGGCCUAGAAUGCGACCCGAAUCCCGUUUUCAAGGCCUACCCAUACAACAUCAAAGACUGGACCGGUUUGGACUAUACAUUCUGGAUCGCCCCCAUGCAGUUCCAUAUUCUCGUAUUUGCGUCAUUCGCUUCGCUGAUCGCUCCCUUCGGAGGAUUCUUCGCCUCGGGACUGAAACGAACUCUGAAGAUCAAGGAUUUUGGCGACAGCAUCCCCGGUCACGGAGGUAUGACUGAUCGCAUGGACUGUCAAUUCAUCAUGGGUUUGUUUGCGUACAUGUACUACCAGAGUUUCAUCGCUGUGUAUAAGACCUCAGUGGGCGGGGUCCUCGAAACAGCCAUCAUGGGCCUGACUCCGGAAGAGCAGGUUGAACUAGUGAAGCGACUGGGGUGGUACUUACAAGGCCAAGGCAUCAUCUCGGACAAGAUCGGGCGAUGCCUGGACCUCGCUCUGCCAAAGAGAUGAGGAUGAUUGGAGUGGCAAGAUAUGGUUUCUUUUCGAUUCUUUACAUUGUGAACCCCCUAACGUUGCCGAGAGCGUCGCAAGCCGUUGUUUCUGGACUAGCAUAGCGGUGGUGUCCUGGCCUUGGUUUGUGUGUGGAAACGAUGGGUUCCUUAAAAUUCUUGCACUGAUGUCGCCAUCUUUCGAUGACAGACUAUGAUGGCUUCGAGUCUGCACUUCGAGGGCAGACCAGACAAAAACUUGUUUUCUUUCCGCUGGCUGAUGAAACGUUCAAUUGAGAAGACCGUGCAAGGUCUGAAUGGGACGAGGUCUGGACCUGGAUGUAAAAGUGUGAAAUGCUGCGAAUGUGUGUUGACGUCUCGGUAUUGUUGAAGAAUCAGUAAUGUGAUCGUCAUGAUGCAUAUGUCAUAGAGAAACACGCAACAUAGCACGUCAAAAGUCAAUUCAUCUCAGCCUUGCC